AAUGUCGUCGGAUGGAUCUUGGCCAGAUAGAUGGAAUCAUAUAAGAAAAAUGCUAGAAAGAGGUGGUCCUCUAGCUCAUCCAGAAUUCGAAGCAUCAACUAAGAAUCUAGAUGGAUUGCAGAUGUUACGAAUUUUAGUUGUUGGCGCUGGAGGAUUAGGAUGCGAAUUAUUGAAAGAUCUGGCUCUUAUGGGUUUUCGAAAUAUCGAUGUUAUUGAUAUGGAUACAAUUGACUUAUCUAAUCUCAAUAGGCAGUUUCUUUUUCGUGAAAAGGACAUAGGCAAACCGAAAGCAGAUGUGGCAGCGGAAUUUAUAAACACAAGAAUUCCUGCUUGCAAAGUUACACCACACUUCAAAAAAAUUCAAGAUUAUGAUGAAUCUUUCUAUCAAAGCUUCCAUAUAGUAGUUUGUGGAUUAGAUUCCAUUUUAGCUCGUCGAUGGAUUAACGGAAUGCUCGUUAGUUUGCUGACCUAUGAGGAUGGUAAACUUGAUCAAACAAGUAUAAUUCCUUUAGUAGAUGGAGGAACGGAAGGAUUUAAAGGAAAUGCUAGAGUCAUUUUGCCAGGACUGACUGCUUGCGUAGAAUGUACUUUAGAUUUAUAUCCCCCACAGGUGAACUUCCCUCUUUGCACAAUAGCCCAUACACCUCGUUUACCAGAACACUGCAUAGAAUACAUUAAAGUGUUACUGUGGCCUCAAGAAAAGCCUUUUGGAGAGGACGUGUCAAUUGAUGGAGAUAAUCCCGAUCAUCUGAAAUGGAUUUUUAAAAAGUCCCAAGAACGUGCUCAAAAAUAUAAAAUAACAGGAGUAACAUACCGACUGACACAAGGAGUAAUCAAAAGAAUCAUUCCGGCCGUGGCAUCUACUAAUGCUGUAAUUGCCGCCGCCUGUGCAACUGAAGUAUUCAAACUGGCAACAAACUGCUGCCAUACUUUAAAUAAUUACGUUAACUUCAAUGAUACUGAGGGAAUAUAUACUUAUACAUUUGAAGCUGAGAGAAAUGAGAAGUGUCCUUGCUGCAGCCAAAUACCUCAAGUACUAUCCUUUAAGGAAGAUGCCAAGUUACAGGAUGUAAUUGAUUACUUACAAGAAAAUGCUUCAUAUCAGUACAAAUCUCCAAGCAUCACAACGUACAUUAAUGAUAAACAAAAGACAUUGUAUAUGACUGGUAUACCAUCAAUAGAAGAGGGAACUAAGGGUAAUUUAAAGAAAUCACUUUGCGAGCUUGGCUUACUUCCAGGGCAACAAUUAAUAAUUGCCGAUUCGACAACACCAAACUCAGUUGUGUUUAAGCUUAAUUUAGGAAGUGAGAUGGACUAA